ACUGGGAUGAAUGUGCUUCUCACGCCGAGAACGACUGCUCUGUGUUUGCCCAGUGUAUCAACCUGAUGGGCUCAUACCUGUGCAGAUGCAAGACAACCAUGGAUACUAAUCCAUCCCGACCUGGAAGAAACUGUGAGGGUGAGAUUGUAGAGACUCUCACUGAAACGACAGCUCCUGCAGUAACAAACAGCACAGAGUUUGCUCCUGAAGAAGUAAGACCUGCAAGUUCUUCUUCCCAUGCCACCACCAAGAUGGCUGCUGUAGGUUCUGAGAUGAGCAUUCCUGUACACCUCCCUGCUGCAUUGCCCCUGGGUGACAAGCAAACACCCCAUGGUCAUUCUCCCACCAUCACUGCUCUGUCCCUUUGGAAAAAGGACCUGGCACCACAGACGGACUUUGGCAGGGACAACAGCCCCACAGUGAUGGGGAUCACAGCCGCUGUCCAGAAACUUAGUGGCACAGUACGGAUAACAAAUGUGAAAUACUCUCCGGGCUUUAGCAAUACAAGCAGUGAGGAAUACCAAAACUUUUCACAGCUCUUUGUUGAUGAAGUACAUAAAUCUCUGCCCCUUGAGGUUUUUCAGCAGAUGGAUGCUGGUCUGGUUAAAGUGCUGAUAAUGGGUAUUACUAAUGGGAGCACAGUGGUAAGUUUCAAUUUACUGGUUGCAGAAGAUGUGGAUAUCUACUCCAUCAUCACCACUUUCCGUCAUGCCUUUGAACACAACUCCUAUUUCAGAGUUGACAAAAGCAGUCUCUCCAUAAACGAUUAUGACGAAUGCAAAAGCAAAGAAGAUGACUGCUCCCUGGAUGCAUCAUGCCACAACACACUUGGGUUUUACCAGUGCAGCUGUAAUGAAGGAUUUGCUGAUGUGCACCCAGAAAAGCCGGGAAGAAGCUGUGAAGCAUUUCCUGUCAUCCAGAAGGCAACAGUGACGGAUGAGAAACUUGUACACAACACUGUUUUACCUGUGACAUCUUUGCAAACUUCAGCUCGUGUUUCCUCCCCUACUUCACUGAAUUUUUCUACUACUGAGCACAAAGCUCUGGAGGACAAGACAUUCUCCAGCGUGGUUCUGUCUCCUCUCACCAUGGAUCCUGUGUCAACUCCUGGUAUUUCUCCUCAUGCAUCUCCUGCCUCUCUCAUUAAACCACUCCAGAAGGUUUCCAUUAAAGAUGCAGUGACAGUGUUUUGUGAAAUCGAGAAGAUCAUCCUUGCCAUCCAGAAGAGAUUUUUACAGCAGGAGUCCAUCCCUGAAACCUCCCUGUACCUGGGAGAGCCUCACUGCAAUGUGACCAUGAGCAAUGACACUCACAUUGUGCUGCAGGCAGACUGGAGUGACUGUGGCACUAAAGUUGAGACUAACAUUACUAAUACCGUGGUGAAAACCAUCCUUCGGAAUGACAAUUCUACUCAGGGAGUAAUCCACCACUUGAAAGUUGCCAGUCCCAUUCACUGUGUGUUUCAAAAUGAUCUCUUGACUUCCUCUGGGUACACAGCAGAAGGACUUUAUACCAUCUUUGAGGAUUUACAUGGAUCUGGACACUUCAGAACAGAAAUGCAGUUGUUUAUUGGAAACUCCCCAAUACCAAAAAAUUUCAGUGUCUCUGCCAGUGAUGAUGUACUGAUUGAAGUGGGCAUCCAGAGAGCAGACAGCAAACUCAAGGUGGUCCUCACCAACUGCUGGGCAACUCCAACUAAUAAUUCAGUGGAUGCCCUCUCAUUUACUUUUAUCAGCAACAGCUGUCCCAUCCCAAAUACGUUUACCACACUGCUAGAGAAUGGGAAUUCAAGCAAAGCACAGUUUAAGAUGAAAAUUUUUUCCUUUGUCAACAAUUCUGUGGUUUACUUGCAUUGCAAAAUUCGUAUUUGUAUGGAGACACCAGGAAGCACCUGCAGGACCAGAUGCCAAACAGUUCGAUCCCUGAAGACUGGUGAAACCAUCGCUACACACAGAACAUCCUGGGGACCCUUAUGUAAAUCAGCUGCAUCUGAUUUGAAGAGAGAGAAGGAGUCUGGGAUAGGAGUUGGAUACAUCGUCCUCAUUGUCUUUGCUGUGUUUGUUUUUGUGCUGGGAGUUGUGGGCCUUCUCAUUUUCCAGUACCAGCGAAAGCUGGGAAGAUACAGCUUCAGAAUCAAGUCUGCCAACUUCAGCUACCAGGUGUUCUAUGAUUAG